UGCCAGCAAAUGAGGUAUGCUGCAGAGCUGCAGCCAUAAGGAAUGUUUGCCUGAGUCUGGGAAAACAACAGAACCAGCGUAUUGAACUUUCCUCUUUCUCACUACACGUUUUGUUCCAGCCCUUUUUACUUAUCACCCUCCAACCAGCUCCCAUUUUAUUUCUUUUUGGGAAAGGAACGGUCACUGUAAGAGAAGGUGCACCCUUCUAAAUUAAACUCCAAAUCAUGGAACUCUUUUCUUCCCUGACCCCAGUCUUCAUAGCAAUUAUAUGUGUUUUGAUUGGGAUAAUCCUGAAAAGCAACAGGAAAAGCAGCAAGAAAGGGAAGAGUGAGACUAAAAAUAAGUUUGAAUCUCGCCCAUGGGUGGAUGACGACCUCAGAGACAGCACUGACCUUCACGUAGAGGAAGAAGAUGCUGAUGGCGACUGGCAGGGAUUAGAUGAAAACAUUGCACAUGUCUCCUUCUCUGCUGAGCGUUACUCUGAGGGUGAAAUGAUUAAAAGGUCAAAGGAAUUUUAUGAGCUUCUAAAUAAGAGACGGUCGGUCAGAUUUAUAAGUGAUGAGCCAGUCCCCAGGGAGGUCAUUAAUAAUGUCAUCAAAGCAGCAGGAACUUCUCCAAGUGGAGCACACACUGAGCCUUGGACCUUUGUGGUAGUGCAGGAUCCUGAACUAAAACAUAGGAUUCGGGAGAUCAUCGAAGAGGAGGAGGAAAUAAACUACAAGAAAAGAAUGGGAGACCGAUGGGUUAAUGACCUGAAGAGACUGAGAACAAACUGGAUAAAAGAAUACCUGGAUACAGCUCCCUAUCUGAUCCUCAUUUUUAAGCAGGUGUAUGGGAUGCUUCCAAAUGACCAAAAGAAGACCCAUUACUACAAUGAGAUCAGUGUUUCUAUUGCCUGUGGUAUUCUUCUUGCUGCACUGCAGAACGUGGGUCUGGUCACAGUGACCUCAACACCUCUGAACUGUGGCCCUCGCCUCAGGGUGCUGCUCCAACGCCCCAAAAAUGAGAAGUUACUCUUGCUGCUCCCUGUUGGGUACCCCAGCAAAGAUGCCACUGUGCCUGAUUUGACACGAAAGCCACUGGAUAACAUUAGGGUGGUUAUGUGAGCAUGGAACAACCAAAGAAAGAAACUACUAAAAUGCUCACUGUAAAGCAACAGCCCACUAUCUGCUGCUUUUCUGUCUAUUAUACACAGCUUCUUUGUCCUCUUAAAUGUACCUGUGGGUCUGGCGGUUUAUACUCAUAUGCCUUCUUAGCACUAGUAAUUGCAGUGGCUGCAUCCAGUAAUAGCAGCAAGCAAUCAAGCUCUGUGAAUCUGACAGCUCCUAUUAUUGAUGAGCCUGGUUGAUUGUUCCAGGGGAUAUGCACAAUAGCACUUCAAUUGCUUUUAUCUCUUCAGUUUCCUCUCCCCGUUAGGGAGCGACUCUUUCCCUGAAUUGGAAAGAACCUCCUCAUCCUGAUAUCUUUUGAUUGUCACUUGCACAGUUAUCUUCACUUCGGGGGUUUCAGCAGAGCAAGGCAGCAGAGAGGUUAGCAGAGAGUAAGCCAUUUGUACAUUGCUUGAUGUACACCAGUCAAAGAUCCCCUGCCCACCAGCUGCAUUAUCCUUUGCAGAGGAAGAGGAUAUCUUCACAUAUGUUAGUACUACUUCUGCUUGACUGAGCUACUUGGAGGCCUUGUCUAAGCUAAACGUUUUCUCUAAACUUCCUUCCUUUGCUGCCACUGGUGCAAGUCCCCAUUAGGGGAAAUCUAGGGCAGACAUGAUACCCACGAUGUUUUAACUGGUGUCAUCUACAUGUGCUCUGGCCAGUUAGGUGGCAUGACAGUGAAAAUGCUGGUUCCCUGUCUAUGCUAGUGCUCCCAUCAUUGCUGCCCCUAGUGAAGCAAAUAGAGGGCAUGUCUACACUGCAAUUAAUAACCCAUGGCUGGCCUGCACCAGCUGACCUGGAUUCGGGCCAAGGGGCUGUUUAAUUGCAGUUCAGAUAUUCAGGCUUGGCCUGGAGCCCAGGCUCCAGGACUCAGCAAGGUGGGAGGGUCCCAUAGAGUAAACCACAAUACUGACUUUGGAUCUGUCUGCACACAGAGGUGCUCCAGCUUAACUGAAGUUGUCAUUUUUAACUGAUUUUGUUAAACACAUGCAAAAGACUAUGUGUGUGGACAGUCUCAUUUUGAAACCUUUUACUACAAUGUUACAAUGAAAUGUUAACAUACUACAUUGUACAUCAUUUCUUCGGGAUCUGGUUAAUAUUCAAAGAACCUGGCUAAAAAUUCUGUCUGGGUAGCCUACCUCCUCUUACACUAAAAAGGGUGAGCAUAUUUCUAAACACCCAUCCUCUUUUUGGCAUUUGUCUUGUUUAUGUAUUGGUAUGAAAGCUUUUCAUUACAAGGACAGUCCAUAUUUUACUAUAUCACAGUUCUGUAGGAGGAGGUCACAUUUUCCCAAUAAAAUGCAAUACAAAGUCUAACAGUAAAAAAAAAAAUUUUUUUUUUUACUUGUCAUUCUACUUACAGUGCAGAUGCUUUACUGGAGAGUUAAGUAAGCAGGUCAGGGGACCUCUAGGAAGCCAGCAUGUUGUUUAAGAUAAAGCUCUUUAAUAAUUUCCUUACAAAACCAUCUAAUUCCUUCACAUAACCACCACAUGUGCAAGUACGUUCGCUUUUCUCCACAACCACUGCAACAGAGCACCUCUCUAGCAGCAAAAAUAUUGCUCUUAACUGGAGUCAAAUGCCAUCUAUGUGGUCAUUCAUAAACAAUUUCUAUGAGCUACUCUCUUGUUUUGGUCUAAACCAGACUUACUGUGGUUUAGCUUAAGUUUAUUAGGAAGAGGUUUAAUCUAUACAAAACUAAGGCCUUGUCUAUAGGGAAAAGUUGUACUGGUGUGACUUCAAUUAGUUUUUAAAGGAGUAUAGUUAAAUUGGCGCAAAGCUGUGUAUGGACACACAUUUCGGUUUAGCUUACACCUGUUCCCAGUUGACUUAAGAUAAACCAAAGUUCCUUUUAAACUGAAAUAAGUGGGCCCACCUACGGGUUUCGACUUGUUUAACUGAACCAGUUUAAUUAAACCAGUGUGUGUGAGCAAGGUUCUAUAUUAUAGGGUGGUGGUUAAAAGAGAGAACACAAAAUGAACUGUCAAAAAACAAAAACUGUUCUCUUUUUUCCAUUCGUUGACUCUGGAAAUUAACAUAUUAACACAUCAAAAAGAAAAUGAGCCUGUAAAUUGUUCAUCAAUUGUAUGGAAAUGACUCUGGUGAAGAUUCCAUCCAGCAAAGAACCUUUGACACUGCAAAGCACAUGUAAAAAACAGAAAAAUAUCAAUCCAAAUGCAAACAUCUUGAUAGUAUUACAACUGUUGAUGACGCUGUAUGAGAGAACCUUUUCAAUCAUGUUUAAUGCUGCUGUUAUGUUAAGCCUGCUUAGAUCUGCCAAUAUUCUACAAUUGUGCUAUCAUUUUUAAAACAGAAGUGAAAUUAGAAGAUAAGAAAUUUUGCUCUUGUGUUUUCCUGCAAGACUUUCUUAAAUAAAAUGAAACAUUCCAUCUA